GUGUUUGAUAACUAUGGUCUAACAAAUUCGGGAUGGAGGGAGUAUUUUACUUCGUUUCUCUCCUUCUGUUCUCGAUAAAAUUCCAAUUCUCAAAUUAAUUGAUAAAAUCCUCUUAGCUUUCAAAUUGCCACCGAAAUUGAAGAAUUGAAAUCUCCACUGUGUAAACUCGUGAAAUUAGUUUAGAGUUUUGCUAUGUAACCUAUGCGUUAUGCGCAAGUGAAUGAAGUGCAUAUUUUUUUCGAUGUUUAAUUAGUUAAAUAAUAAGAGGUAGUACUGUUUUUCUGGGUUUGAAGAUAAAAAAGGAACUGGGAUUUAUGGGUUUUUUGUUUUAUCAGGCUGGGACAUGUGAGUUGUUGAUUACAUAUGAGAUUGAACUCAUUGAAGAUUAUGUGUUUGUGGCCUUGUGGGUUUGAGUUUUGAUUAUGUCAUGGGAAAAUGUAAGGUAUUUAGGGAUGCACAGAAGGUGUUUGAUGAAAUGUUUGGGAGAAAUGUUGCUUCUUGGACUUGUAUCCCGUGUAUGCUUGAUGGGUAUGUUUAUUGUGAGGACUUGAUUAGUGUGGAAAGGGAAUUAGAUGCAAUGCCGAAGAGAAAUAAGGUCUCAUGGAAUGCCAUGAUAAUGAACCAGAAGACAGAGAGGAAGCAGACAUCUCAAAGAGGAAGAAGGGAAAAUCAAAACAAAGGGAAAGAAGCAAAGGAGAGAGACAGAGUGGAAAACUAAUAAAGAAAGGAAAUUGGGCGCCAAAAAAGAAAGGAAAAAUCUUCAAUAAAAAAGGGGAAAGAAAAGGGAGCUUAAAUAAUAAUUGGUGACGUGGUACCAAUUGAGGUUAGCAUGAGUGGUUAAGGGCCUCUUGCUCCUUAACCAAGGUCUCGGGUUCGACCCUUGGGAAUGGAAAAAAUCUCAACUGGGAGGGAUGCUGCCCAUCGAGGUACCCAUGCAAACUCCCACGGGAGAUUACCUCGCCGAAGGCGGUGGGAACUCCUCGUAGUAGAACCAAAAAAAUAAUAAUUGGUGACGUGGUAUAACUGUCAGGAAAAUAUUGUUGCGAGAAUUGAAGUAUUCCGUCCAUUUAUGUUUUGGCGCUCAAAAACAUAAUUCAAACACUUUCCCCUGUAACUCUUCUUUGAUCAAACCCAAACACUAAAACAUUCAAGAACGAAUUCUCUCUCCUCCCCCUGUAACUCAAAUCUGAUCAAACCCAAAGUCCAAACACUAUAAUCUUUCAAGAUUGUAAUCGCCAUGGAUAACGGGAAGGGCAAGAACAAAGUAGAUGAAUCUAGAACAGAGAUUGGCUCUCAUUUGAAUCCUACAGAUGUUGAUGUUGAGGAAGUGUAUGAAUGUGGUGAAGAGCAGAAAAACUUGAAUGUUAGGGAAGUUGAGGAAGAUAUAUCUCAUGCUUCGAGUGAAACUAAUAUGUCCGGGCCUCCAUUUCUGGGGAAUCCCACUUCUGUUCAGACAAGUCUCCCUGAAUUAGAGCCGUCUGGGCCAUCUCAAGGGAUGGGGUCUCAGCAAUUUUCUCAUGUCAGGGACACUGGUUCAAUCAGCCAUCAACUUCCCCAUUCUGAUUUGUUAAGGUUAAUGAGAAAUACGUCGAAUUCUGCUUCUGCUCAAGGCCUGCCAUAUCUACCUGCAUUAGAACAAUCUCGAUGGAUGGGGCCUCAGCACCUUCCUCACAUCCGUAGCACUGGCUCAACACGCGAGAGGCCAAUGCCCAGCCUUCAACCUGGUGGGGAUCAAGUAGUUCCUUUCUAUCCUGGUUUGGUAAUGGUCACCAGUAGUAUGUCGGAUCAAGUAGUUCCUUUCUAUCCUGGUUUGGUAAUGGUCACCAGUAGUAUGUCGGAUCAAGUUGUUCCUUUUUAUCCUGGUUUGGUAAUGGUCACCAGUAGUAUGUCGGAUCAAGUUGUUCCUUUCUAUCCUACUUCUGCUGGAGUCAAUGCCCCACUCUUUCAGUCACAGCCUCGAUACAGUUCAACAAAUCAAUAUGCAUCAGUGUCAUCUCCAUGGCUGGAGUCUUAUAUCAGAAACGCUGCUUCAUGUAGCCAGAGUCCAAAUCCUUAUCAGUUGAGAUCUGGUUCAGGUCGACAAUCGCAGCAAGGCCCCCCACCUGGAUUCAACCUUUCAUCAUCAGCUCUACAGCUAACCACUCAGACCAUAACAACAAUCUAUCGACAAGCACAGCGUGGCCCCCCACCUGGAUUCAACCAUUCUCUAUCAGCACCACAGCUAACUACUGAGCCCAUAACAACAAUCUAUCGACAAGUGCAACGAGGCCCCCCACCUGGAUUCAACCAUCCUCCAUCAGCACCACAACUACCAAACGCAGCACCUGCUUCAAUUCCUUUUCAGUUAAGACGGAAUGAUAUGAAUAGGGACAGACUUGAUGGUUUGAGGUUUGGCGUGACUGAUUCCCUAGACCGCCUUCAAAAUCUGGAGAACAGCAUUGCUGAAUUACAGUCUAGAGUGGCUGAUUUAAAAAAUUGCAUUGUCAAUCUAGAAGAAGAGUUAAAUAAAGAUGGCGAAAAUGAAGCAGAAAGCCAGGGAUCAUCAUCCUGAUAAUGCAGAGGACCCUUCAUUGACUGAACUUCCAGGAUUUUGUAGCUGAACUUCCUGUUGUCUUUAGCUGAUUUCAUAAACAAGCAAUUUAUGCAUUCUGAUGUUUUUUUUUAUAUUCUUUGAGAGACUACGGAAGAUUUAGAGCAUUGUGAAGAACAAAGUGUUUUUCAUGAGAUGUAUAGAAGAUAUGUACUUUUUGAACAUGUAUGGGUAGAUCUCGAGAUCAAGAGUGACUAAAUGCUGCUUCCUAUCAUUGUAGUUGGGAAAUUAAGCCAUUGAUAUUUUAGAAUGUUGGCAUUCUCAGAGAAGAACUUAGUGGAGAAAAACUUUGUA